CAGGAUCACAUCAAGUUCCCGGAUAUUGACAACACGAUCACGACCUGCCGUGGGAUGCCGACUGAAGUGCGAGCAUUUUUUGACCAUUUUACGUGAAAGAAUUGAAGGUAUUUCUUCUAUUCCUUUGAGGUGGUGGGUUGUGCAACAUUCUACGAGCUACGCUGUAGAAACGUAGUCCACUUUUUGUUGAAAAAAUUGGUGAUAUCAGCAGGGUGCUGCCUCUACAUCCGUUCAAGCAAUGAGCACAGAGAACGGCACCUACCAGCCAGAGGACGAUCUCGACGACACCUUUGAGCAGGAUCUACGGGACAUGCUGAGAGACGGUCCCUCCUUAUCUGACGCAGCGGCGACCAUACAGAGUGGCACAUCAGCCAACAGGAGCGGCAGCAGCAACAACGGAAGUGGCGGUCAGUUUACCGGUGUAGACCUGUCUAGUCCCCAGAAGUCACCCAUGUCAUCACCACCUCAACCCAGGCUGAUCCAAAACCCCAGCGUGGGCAGCCGACUCGCUCAGCCUGCCAGAGGGGCGGAAGAAAAUGACCAACCACAAUCCACUGAAAAACCGGCCGUCCGCACUGCAGCCCCGUCUUCAGUUCCACCUGUUGCUCAGCCAGUAGCCACUAUGCCUACAGCGCAGACGACAUCUAUUGGCAAACCCAUGACAGGGAUUGGCGGUACGGCUGUGGCUAACACACCAGUCCCCGGCCAGACUACUGACCAGGUGUCCACCUCGGUCAUUGCUAAGGCUAAGUUGGAUAGUUUGAAGAGUUGGAGCAUCUCCACCUACAAGUGUACCCGUCAGCUGGUUCAAGAGAAGCUGGGCAAGGCGUCCAGGACAGUAGACCUGCAGCUGGAGGCACAGAUUGAGGUGUUGAGAGAUACGCAGCGCAAAUACGGCAAUAUCAUGAAGCUAGCAAGGGCAUUGACUAACCACUUCUAUCAGGUUGUCCAGACCCAGCGUUCCCUUGGCGACGCUUUCGGGGAGCUGGCCCAGAAAUCCACAGAGCUGUCGGAGGAGUUUAGCUACAAUGCCGAGACACAGAAGUCCCUGUGUACGAACGGCGAGACGCUACUGGGCGCGCUCACGUUCUUCACAUCCAGCGUCAGUACACUGUGCAACAAGACUAUGGAGGAUACACUGCUCACCGUGAAGCAGUAUGAAUCAGCUAGGAUAGAAUAUGAUGCUUACCGUGCCGACCUAGAGAGUUUACAGUUAGCACCUAAGGAUGCCACAACUCAAGCCAGACUACAUGAUGCCCGGGUCAAGUAUGAAGGCCAGAAGGAGAGAUUUGACAAGCUGAGGCAGGACGUGGCUGUCAAACUCCGAUUCUUGGAAGAGAACAAGGUGAAGGUGAUGCACAAGCAGCUGCUACUCUUCCAUAACGCCAUCUCAGCCUACUUCUCUGGCAACCAACAAGCCCUGGAUGCCACCCUCAAACAGUUCAACAUACGCCCCAAGGCUGGCAAUGAAGUCAAGCCGUCCUUCUUGGAACAGUGAGUCACGUCAGACAAAGUCUGACACCAUAGGACUCUUGGGAUAUAACAAUUUAUUUAAAAAAGUAAAUAGAUAAAUAAAAGCAAAUUAGCAGAUCAAUCAUAUUAAUUAUAGCAUUUGCUUUAUUUUUAAGUUAUAAUUUACUUUAAAAGUCAGAGUAGUCUGGUCAAAGUGACUUGGUUUUACAGUAUUCUGGUUUGAGUUUUACUGAUAGUCACGAACAAAACUGAAUCCCUUAAAAAAGCCUUUUUUUUUCGGAAUUUGAAAGCAUUCUUUUAAUACAUGUACAUGGAGUAUUCUGAUUAUUUACCAUGGUGUUGCACCCUGCAAAACACAUGGUCAGUGAUGAAGUUUCAAUGCAGUGAAAUGGACAGGCAGUCUUAAAGAGAAGAAUUGCAUGUUUGGAUUCAAACGUACCAGUUUAACAAAGAAGGCUGUACGAAAGACGUGUGAACAUUGAUUGGCGCACAUUGAUAUUUCAUUGUUCUUGAUUUUUUUUAAUACUCAUAUUGAGGACUUGUUAAAAUUUCAUGAUCUUAGUGUAAAAUUUGCUCGUUGGCCAGACCUAUAAAGACCCCCUCCCAUGGAGGGUAUUGAAGAAUUCAAAAGCCGAUAAGUAAAGACUCCAAAUGUUUGAUGAUAGUUUGAUGAUAUUGCACAACCUUGAACCGACCCCCCCAGUUCUAAUCAUUUUGUGUGCUCCAUUAAGCCAAAGAAAACUGGUCAAAUACAAAAUAUAUCAAACAUAAAGUGUUUUAUAUUCAACAAGCUUCAAUGUUCUUUUGAGGUGGAAUGUCCUUUUUACACUGCGAAAUUGUAUUGUUAUUGACCACAAGUAUGAGACGAUGGUUGGUAUUCUUAGUUAUCUGUACAUCCGACGUGUAGUCUCCAAAGUUUGACUUUCUGGGUUAAGGGACGUAGUACUUAUCUGUGUAAUGGUUUGCUCUUAAUCUACUUGUAUAUUGCUCAACACACAUUUUCAUAAUUGUGGUGUAUGGCGCUGAGAAUUGAUUUACUUUUGUGGCCUGAAAUGUUGAAAACAUUGAACACUGCCCUGUCGUCUUUGUUGAGGCAGAAAAAGACUGUAGAGCCCUCACCUCAUCUUAGUCCUACAUGUAAAAUACUCCACAGUACCUUCAAGAUUUGUUUUACAUCUGGGCAAUUCCCCGGUUACUCACGUUACAUUUUUGUACCGUGAGUAACCAAUUUUGUGCGUCUUGUUUAUCAUACAAAACACAUUUUUUGGAUGUCAUCUUUGGUGCUUAGGUAGGUCUAGGUCUACUCUAUCUACCAUGGGGAUAACAGUUAUUAAACCUUUUCAGUAAGGUAAUUACAGCCCAAGGAAACUCAAAAGUACAUCAAAAUGUAACGUGAGUAAGCGUGGAAUUGCCCAUCUGGUCUGAAGUCCGAGAAUCUACAUUUCCUUUUACACACAUUCCAAAACAGAUCUGAUUCUGAAAUCUGAUUCUGACAGGAAAGAUUUUGAUAAGAGUUUGACUUGGGUAAAUUAAAAUACCGAUUGACUUCAUGAACAAUUUCCUCCAUCUUGUGCAUGAACAGGAGAGUGAUGCCAAAUAC